CAAUAAGCUAGCUCCACACUGCACCCCUCACACCAUUGAGACUCGACCAGCGCCGUACUUUACCAGUGCCAUAAGCUUAUAGGAUACAUUCUGCUCCACAGCACUGCCUGGAAAGAUUGCAAUCAUAUUGUGCAACUGGAUCAUUUACCUUAACGACUCAAUGCGCUUGGAUUCAGGUACAAGCAACGCCCUGCAAAUACCAGACGCACUGGGCUGCGUGCAACCGACAUCAUGGCGAAGCAAGUCAUCCCACAGCACUGUGCAACAGCAAGCAAAUCAGACUGCAUUCGAAGUUCGUGUGCGCUUGCCUGCCCUCAAGCCAGUCGAGCAGCGGGCUGGCAAGUGGGCAAACAGGAUUGCAUGCACCACAUUGACAUUGUGGCGAUGCAGUUGGUUUUUUUUUUCCUGAGGAUAGUCACGACAGACAGCUCUUUGCUGCCAAUGUUUGAGGAAUGCGUGCAGGCUGCAGCCUAAGCUCGACAAACACGCAUGGCAAGGAGACUGAGGUAAGCAUGCAUUGAUCCAUCCAAUAGCUCGGGCACAGCAACACAUCCUUCUCAUACACCUGCGCAGAUGGCUAUUGUCAAAAAGUGUAGUAGCAUUUCCAGCAGUGACCUGGCAUGCAAUGAAUCGUCACAUACCUGCUGCAAACGAAGCAAGCUUGUGUGAUGUUGAAAGCCUCGCACAAGCUUAAUGGACUGAGCGUAGCAGAAGAGUGCAUCAUUUGAGUUUGUAGCCUCUGCCUACUGUUGACCUGAGGGUUCCAGUUGAGAUGGCAUGUGGACCGAUGCUAGUCUCAGAAAGCUGUUCUAGAGUCGCGGUCUCACUGCGCUCUCGUGGUGAUUCUGCAGUCACUAAUGAAUUUCCUUGCCUCUCUGAAUUCAGCAUGCACAGGAAAGCCAGUCAAGUGUACUGAAUGGUGCAAUGGCUGAGCUUUGUAAUCGGUGUUUAGCGUAUGCAGAUCAGCCCUGGGGCCCUGAUGGUUGGUUCGUUGGAUAGGUGAUGCCAAAUUGCCCUGACUGUCGAUUUUUGCUUUGCCGUGUUUCAUCAAUCUGCCUGACACGUUCUGCAAUUGUCCUUGGCAGUCCGGGCAGGCAGCAUUCCCCUUUUCCUGCCCCUAGCCUCGCGUCAGACACAACAUGCUGUUGUCGAGCAGGACUUCACAGGAGACGUGUCCAGAGCACGAGCACAAGAGCAGCUAGCCAACCAGCAUUGUUCUUUCCAUGACGCAGCUUCAAGCACAUUCGGCGCGCUAUCCCGCUGAUGGCCGAUCAGUUGGGCGUGCCUGGACGGGACAGGAGAGGGCGCGAGGAUGUGCGAACUGCAGCGCAUCCAGCUGCAAUCUCCUGACAACACGGAACAGUACAAUGCGAACAUACACUAAAGCAAGGUUGCAAUUAAGACCGGGGAAUGGACCGCUCAGGCAAGCAGCUUCCCUGAGCAGAAUCACUGGCACACACCCACACACACACACACAGCGCGCUAAGUUCGGGGCACAGAUGCAAGCCUGGGACCGCGUCGCAUAGGGCCAAGUCAAGCGAAGGGUAGUUUGGGGAGGGCACAGCGCCAGCCCAAGGCCAAAGGUAGCAACCGAGCAAGUUGAUUGCGAGCCGCACAUGUCGGCCCGUCGGCCCGUCGGCCCUUCGGCCCUUCGGCCUUCCGGCCACAUGCGCUCCGUUGCGAGUGCAGGGAGCCAUGCCCACGGCCAUGGGCACCUCGCAGAUGGGCAUGGCUGGCUACGCGCAAUACGCAGGCCAAUACCCAGGAUACGGUACAACCUACGGCUACGAUGCCUAUGGGAGGCCGUACGGCUCCAGCAUGGGCGAGGCAGCAGGCUACCCGGCCGCGCCACCGCCGCCUCCGCCGAUGGCAGCGCCGGGCGCACCCAUGGCGGUCGGUGGGGCACCAUACAUGCAAGGCCCCAUGACAGAGGAGCAGAGGUUGGCCGAUGAGCGGGACAAGGCGCGCAGGCGGCUAGAGGAUGAGACCCGACUCCGAAACGAGGAUUUGCUGCGCAAGGCAGAGGCUGAAAGAGCGGUUGCGACGGUCCGCAAUGCGAUCAGCAACUUGCAGAAUGGACAGUCAGACUCUCUGGACUCUCUCCUCAAGACCUUGGAGAAUGUGGCCCAGAGAGACUUGCCGAAGUGUGGUGAGAAGCAAGUCGACGAACUCAAGCGUGACAUGGCCAAGGCUAUUGCCGAGGCCUCCAAGCGACGUGAUACCAUUCGCGAGCUGAAAGCCAUGGUCAGGAGUGGCGAAGAGCACAUCAAGGCCACUGCAGAGCUGGUUCGGCAGAACCUAGCCUUGCAGAAGGAGAAGGAUCGAGAGGACAUGAACGAUCAGUUGGAAAAUGCUGGUCUCGAGGCAGAAGGGAUGAGUGACCGAUAUCAGUCCUUUAUGGAAGAGAGGGCAAAGGCCCAUGAGGAGCUCCAAAGCUGUACCAAGGGCCCUGCUCUGGUCGACCUUCGCCUGAUCAUUGCCAGGAUCCGAAAACUCAGUAGUGAUUUGACGCAGACUGCGAGCAACGCUGCGAGUGUGGUGCGGGAAGGCAAGGAGAAGCUGGUUCGGCGAGAGGUGGCCUUGGCGCAAACACAGCGCAUGAAGGAGCUGUUUGACCAGUUCGACGCAGACAAAGAUGGCUGUUUGUCGCAGCUGGAGGUCAUCGAGUACUCCCAAGGCGAGUUUGACUUCACGCCGCCGGAGUCCUGCAUGGAGCGACUUUGGAGAAACUUGGUGCCGGCAGGCAAAGCUGGCAUCAGCUUCGAUUGCUUCCUGCAGAUGAAACUCACCAUCGGCACGGCGCGUGUCGUGGAGAAGGAGAGACAAACCACUCAAGGCAGCGCUUGAGGCCAGACACGGCGCGCAGUGGAAAGGUGUGGAAAGGUGUGGAAAGCAUGGCAAUAGCGCUCUGUCUCGACCAGGCAGCAACUCUGAACUUCGGAGCGUGCUGGUGUUAAUGGCGAUUAUGAGUAGGGGAGUUGGCGAACAGUUGCUUGACAUUGGAACCAAUGUUUGCGGCGUUUUGGUUUGCUCCAUCCGCUUUUUAGGCGUUGCAGUAUCGCAGUCAAGAGCUGCAGUUGGCUCGGAGGGGCGGUGGCAUUAAGCUUAGGGCCAGGAGGAGUCUUUGAGAUGAGUUGGGCGGCAUGACGCGAUUUGCCAACAGGUUGC